AUGAAUACACCGUUUCAUCAUAUUACACAGUCAAAAGAUUAUAUAUUAUCUAUUGGUUUUCAUCGUUUAAUCUUAUUUUUCGUUUUAUUAUUAGUUAUUUUUCUUACUUUUUAUCUAUCUCAAGUUCAAUUUCUCGAAUUUAAAAUAUCUGUGUAUGGAAAUUCGAAUAAAAGACAGAGUUUUACUAAUCAAACAGAUACACUAUCUCAAUCUGAUAAAAUUGUCGUUAUAUCACAUGCUUAUGAAAAUUUAGAUUGGCUUAAUUUACUUGAUGAUGAACAAAUUCCAUAUAUUGUUUAUACACGAUCACCUAACCCAUUAGCACAUCAUCGUAAGCUUCGAAUCAAUAAAGGUAGAGAUCCUGCAGCAUAUCUUCGAUAUAUUAUUGACCAUUAUUCAAAUUUACCAUUAUCAGUGGCUUUUGUUCAUGGACAUCGAACAUCUUAUCAUCAAGAAAAUCCAUCAGAUAUUGUUGUUACUGCAUUACGAGCAUUACAAUGGCAUAAAUAUAAUUAUAUGCCAUUAACUAUUAGAUUGACUCAUCAUACAUUUAAAGCGAAUUCAAGUGAUCUUCAAGAAAGAGUUAACUAUGAAUUAUGGGAAGAUGUUUUACAAAAAGAACUUGGUCCUCCACCAGAACUCGGAAUAGUAACACAUUGUUGUGCAACAUUUGCUGUUAAAAGAGAAGCUAUUCUUGCUCAUCCAGCAAUAUUUUAUUCAGAUAUUCUUGAUUAUAUUAUGUAUACUAAUUAUUCAGAUCAUUACACAAGUAGAUCACUUGAAUAUACUUGGCAUAUCAUCUUUGGUGAAUCAACACAUAUUUGCUAUAAGAAAUGUAAUGUAUUUCUGUGUGAUUCAAAAGGAAAUAUUACUGUUCCAAUGACCAAAAAGAAAUCAAAAAUCACUUACACAAUUCAAGAGUAA